UAGCACCGACACACAUCAUGCAUCUUUCUUCAACUAUUUAUCAAAUUUAUAGAUGAUUCCCAAAACGUUGCUUUGGGAAGCAUAAGAUGGGGACAGGGUAUCUGCUCAGCUGGAUAGGUCCGCGGAACACUUAUUCCAACACUAGGGUCGUCUCUGUACGAUAUAACCUCGACCACCAAAUGACUGUCACAUGACCAAGGGGUGACCCUGAUUUGAUUUAUUUUAAACUGUCAUCGUGCUUAUCAGCAAACCUGACCCAGCUCUCAUUGCGUCACAACGUCAAACUGUCGCGGGUGGAGAGGGCGUGUCGGGACACAGGGUAAGAUGGCGACCUCCCAGAAGUUAACAGAACACUUCCUGACAUGCACGAUAUGUACAGAGGUGUUUGACAAGGCCUGUACACUUGUAUGCAAUCACACCUUCUGUCGGAAAUGUGUCGUCAACUACACAAAAACCAGACCAGAAGCCAUCAGUGCCAAGUCUCUCCUGUGUCCAUUCUGCAGCAAGAUGACGAAAGUGUCUGCCCCUGAGAGAACAGUGGAGGAGUGGGCGGAUGGCGUCAAGCCUAGCUUUGUCAUCCAGGGACUCUUGGACUCGUUUGGCCCCGGAUCAAAAGAUACGACUGACUGCAGUUAUUGCAAGGAGGAAGGGGAGACAACUCCAGCUACAUCUUGGUGCUCUGUCUGUGACGACGCACUUUGUGAACGAUGUAUACGGAUGCACAAACGAAUCCCGUCUUCGCGUCACCAUGAAGUAGUUGACCUGUCUGGAGAGACAAAGGUGAAGGUCAAGAGAAAGGUCAUGUGUAAUGUUCACAAGGAUGAAAAUAUCAAAUAUAUUUGCAAAGAUUGUAAAACAGCUGUUUGUCAAACAUGCUGCACUAUCCAUCACAGGAAAUGUGACUUGGUUGUUGAAAUUGAGUCAGAGAUUCCUGCAAUGAAAACCGAGCUGAGAAGGAAUAAAGAGGAUUUGUUGAAGAAACACGACGAGAUGAAAACACAUGUUAGAAAACAAACCCCCAAAGUCAAUGAAGCAUUAACGCAUUACUUACAAAUAGAAUCGAAUAUCAAGUCUGCAAGUCUCAAAGCAAUAGAGAUGAUCAAAGUCAAGGAACGGAAACUUUUGGCUGAACUGAAAGAAAUGUCUGACAAACACAUUGGAGAACUGAAGGCAGACAUAAAGUCAGGUGAGAUGUCAGUACAGAUGUACCAACAACAGGCUGAGCUGAUAGACCAGACUCUACAAUCUGAGUGUGACAUGGGUGUGUAUGAGAUGUACCAGGGAUGUGAGGCCGGUGAUGUGGAGGCUGUCGGAGUCACAGACGUGAAGGAGAAGGGAAGAAUAGCCAGGAUCAUGUUCAGACAGGACACGGACAAGCUGAGUAGAGCACUGGACGAUCUACAGCUGGGUGAGAUAGACGUCCUGUAUGAGGGUGUGCUCGACCUAAAGGCUGCUCCUGUGUUACAGGACACCAUUAACGUCAGAGUAGCAGGAGAUGUUUAUGAACCAAACCCCACUGAAGUGACGGUGUUAGUGGUGAAUGGUACAGACACAGUGGUAGUCACAGACUACUUGAACAACAGUGUGAAGUCCUUCUACACCAGGAACAAGCAGCCAGGUCACAGCAGGCUCAGUCUGGAAGGUGGUCCGUGGGGUAUAACAAAGUUGAAGGACAACCAGGUGGCUGUCACUGUGCUCGGUACCAGUCAGAUUGUAACAGUACAAGUCAACCCUUACCUGGUGCUGCUGUCAACCAUCACAACCAGCAAACAGUACUGGGGUAUAACGUCUCUGACACCAUCAACACUAGCAGCAAGUUCCAGCUCCCCUCCCUGUGUUGAUAUCCUGGAUAUGGCGGGACACGUGCUGAAGUCAAUUCGUCCAGGCCAACCAAGUAGAUACAUCUUGAAUAAUCCCCGCUACCUCUGUACCACGAGGACAGGAAACAUCCUGGUGUCUGACAGUGGAUCAGAGUGUGUCGUGUGUCUGACUCCCGAGGGAGAUGUGGUGUUCACCUACAGCACUACAGGAGACACAGAGAUGGAGUAUCCACAUGGUAUCACAAGUACCAGCACAGGAGACAUCCUGGUGACAGACAUCAAUCUACACAGAGUCCUCCAUCUGACUGAGUCAGGACAGUUUGUUAGAAACAUACUGUCAUCACAGGAUGGCGUCCAGAGUCCACGUGGAGUGUGUGUUGGUGGGCGUGGUCGUAUGUACGUGUGUACACCAAAUGUAGUGAAGGUAUUUACUUUGAAGUGAAUGAACAUGUCGCAAUCCUCCUUUCAACAAACUAUCGUCACGUGAGUUGAGGAUUUAUGUGUUUUAAUAUGUGUCAUUGUGUAUUUACCUGUAAGCACCUUUCACUGUGUUUUAGUAAAAUCACAUUAUAUAUUGGUGUUGAAUCACUCAUCUGAGCUUUGCUAUUUGAAUUUUAUGAAUUAAGGUCUGUAAGUGGACACAUUUUAUAUGUAAUCUCAGUAGCAAAACACGGCUGUACACGCACUGCUUUAAUGUUUUCUAUUUUAUAUAUUACCAACUUCGAAUGUAA